AAUCCCCCACCGCGGGGCAGUGAGUGUGUGGACCAAGUGGGUCGAUAGGCUCGGCUCGGCUACUUGCGGCGGGUACGCGGGUGGGACGCCUAACAAAACCACGGGGCCAUGUUGCCCCUCGCUCACUUUUCGAACCUGUAACGGCGCGUCGUGGACCUCAAUUCGCUUGCGCCCCUGCCACUCUCCCCCCCUCCUUUCUUCCACUACCAGCACCACACCAGCAGCAGCAACAGCGGUCCAUGGAAGAAGAACAAGGAGCGGGGAGGAGUGAGGCUGCUCGGUUAACAAACGGAGGGAGAACCGGAAAGCCGCAACGGUGAUGGGCUCUUGUCUUCCAUGGUGACUUCGUCAAAACAACAGCAAACCACCCACGGAUAGCACUGCUUCGCUUCUUGCGCGCCUCGGUUUCUGUGUGAAAUGCUUACCUAGUCGUCAUCUCGGCCGUCGAGCAGCCUGCGGGCCGCAGCUCGACUCACCGAGCCCAAAUCUGGGAAGUAGCUAGCCGCCUGCUAGCCAGCCACAUCUUUACCCGAUGCUUCCCAAAGCCUCGGUGGGGGACAACGCAAGCCCUUUCGCCGCGAGCUAUUGUUUGACCAGCGGGUCGUUUUGAGAUGUGAUGCUUCGGCGUGGUGGAGAAAGGGAUCUAAAACAUCGCUGCGAAAAAAUGCACAGUGGAAGCACAACAGCCGGGAUCCCGCUGAGGUGCUAGAGGAGGGGAGCGAGGUUACCGACUACAGCCGCCCCACUGUUUCCCUCUCCCCGGGGUCAGAUUUGGACAACGACCGCCACAUUUCUCCUCCACUAAUCCAUGCCUCCUCCCUAUCCUCGUCAUUAACAUGCUCCUUGGAUGAAGGAGAAACUAUGGAUAAGCUAACCAUCAUUUCAGGCUGCCUGUUUCUGGCGGCGGAUAUAUUUGCAAUAGCCAGCAUUGCAAACCCAGACUGGAUCAACACUGGCGAGUCAGCAGGUGCCCUCACAGUUGGUCUAGUUCGGCAAUGUCAGACCAUCCACGGACGGGACCGGACUUGCAUCCCUCCCCGGUUGCCCCCUGAGUGGGUCACCACGCUGUUCUUCAUAAUCAUGGGCAUCAUCUCCCUCACUGUUACCUGUGGACUCCUCGUGGCAUCACACUGGCGCCGAGAGGCCACCAAGUACGCCCGCUGGAUCGCCUUCACCGGCAUGAUCCUGUUCUGCAUGGCGGCGCUCAUCUUCCCCAUAGGCUUCUACAUCAACGAGGUGGGAGGCCAACCGUACAAGCUGCCCAACAACACGGUGGUGGGCUCGUCCUAUGUGCUCUUCGUCCUCUCCAUCUUCUUCACGAUAGUCGGACUGCUGUUCGCCGGCAAAGUCUGCCUCCCGGGCUGAAGGCUGGACCGUGCCUGCCUCUGGACAAACGGAAUAAUUUGUCGGGAUUGACAGGACACGCAGCCACAGGAAAUUCUCUGGCCACGAUUUUCUGGGACCUGUUGAAGUAUUGAACAUCUAAAAGAUGACCCAAGGUCAAGGUGGCGAGGGAGAGUGUGGGUGAGGCGGGCACGCCGCCACUGUUCAUUUCAUACAUGGCGUCUCUGUGGUUCUGCUGGCGAGGGUGCCGUUGUCAUGGCAACUACAGGGAUAGCGCCUGUACAGAGUUCUUAAGGACCACUGAAGCCCUUGACUCCUCCCCCUACACCGCUCCUGCCCGUUGGUCCAUAUCGGGCCACGCUGCCCUUGGCACACAUCCGCACUGUCACCAAUGUUCCCAUGUUGCUACGUUUAGGACCUCUUUGCUAUUUUUCAGUGUUAAUUUUUUUUUUCUGUUGUUGUACAUUUUUAUUGUGUUCGCCUUUCCACAGAAGUAUUUUGAGUGUGAAGGAGGAGGUGCUGGCUCUCGACCUGGGUCGCCACUCACCCGUCACAUCUUAUGACAGCCCCCCCUCCCCCGUGCCCCCAAGACGAAGGCGUGUGGGUGGCGCAAAUGAGCGCGCAUACCAUGUUCCUGAGGUCACACACGCACACACCAGCAAAGGAGAAUGCCACCGAAUGCAACACAGCUUACAUUGACUAGCCCAAAUGGUUCUCGAACUUGAAUGCAAUUGUAUGGAAUUUGCAAUCCCUCUUAAAUGAAAAAUUAAUCCAGUGGUGCCUUGAGAUACGAGUGAUAUCAAUUGGACAUACAAGCUGAUGUACUUUCCAGAUCUCCAUCUGUACACUGCUAGGUUAAUGCUAACAUACGGGUCAUUUGUUUUCGACGAACAGCACAAUCAAUUGAAUUUCAGAAUUGAAUGCAUAAUUAAUGGCGUUUGCCUUCAUUUCAGUGGAGAAACACGAUUUCAGAUGUGAGUGCUUUCUGUCACAAGCAAGGUCACGGAACAAAUUAAACUCGUAUCUCCCCAGGCACCCCUGUGGUUCGCAGUCUCUGCACGCUUGAAGCAAUUAUCGACAAAUGUGUGUGUGAGACGUAUUUCAAAACAAAUGUCGCUUUCACUGCAAACACAUUGAUUUAAAAAGUAAAAUACGACUGAAGUAGUGUUCCAAUAGACUGUGAAUUGACAUCAUCCUUUUCUAUUUGUUCGCACUGUUGUUACUGCUAAGUACAGCCACAAGGACAUGCAGUUAAGUGUGCUGCUUCAAAGCCGUUUGAAGGGACUUGCGAUGCUAAAUAUAGCUCCGGGUAUUGACUCCUUUGGACAAAAAAGCUGCUGUUGCAUAAGGUGAGAAAUCGUCUGAUGUGGAUCUUGACAAUCGGCGGUAUUCUUCUUUAAGGUCAACGCAGGAAGGGAGUGAGCAGGGAGCAUUGCUUUGUCCUCUUUUGAUAUGACGACGAAGGCACAAGGGACUGCAGGUCACGUCCGUUCAUGGGGCUGCGCCUCGGUGUGCUGCUCUUGAGCUUUGUGAAUGGAACACACACACACAAGCAUGUUACACCAAGAGGUUUUGUAGGGUGGAAACCCCCCCACUGCGAAGCCCCUGGGCCCAAAGGUGAGGUUAUCAACCAAGAAACAAGAUGGAAUAUAUGAAUACAAAUUGUUUUGGUGUCUCAAUUCAAGUUAAGGCUAACAGGGAAAGGUCAAAGUCAUCCUAAAUACUGCAUAGAAACGUUAAAUCACCCCAGCGACUUCAUGAGCUCUGGUGUUGGCUUUGCCAUUAGUGAUAUGAAAAUAGGGCGUGAAUUUUUUAAUGUCUGUGUAAACAAUAGUAUUGUUGAAGUGCAAAAAAAAACCCUACAGUUACUGGGUUACUGUUACUUUUACACAAUCAUGAUUUUGGAACUGAUCAGUUAGUAAAAAAAAACAACACUAUCACUGAUCAGAUCAGAAAAUUGACAAAUCUAUUUACGGUAAUUUGUUACCCUGGGUUUGGGACGGACUGGGCCACAAAUUGCCAACAUUUCGGUGUAAUUUAUGCCCAUUGAAAUGCAUUGGGAAAAAUGAUUACCAAUGAAACCACCACCAAAAAAACAUCUUGAAAGAUAUUGAUAUAUUGAGAAACCUUGGCUCAUCACGGUUAACAUUUUAGGAGUGAUCAAAAUUGUGUUUUGCCGUCAUGUUUUAUUCUGCGGAGCCGAACAAAUAAUGUCAUUGAUGGAUUCUAAACUCAAUUGUAUUUAUAGAGCACUUUCAAAUAGCCAUCGCUGCAUACAAAGUGCUGUACAUGGAACAACUAACAUAUACAACAGUAAAGCAACAAAUCGGCAACGACGGAUUGGCAAAUUACAACAUUACAAACACUGGAGCGCGUGCGGGUGUGUGUGUGAGCACAAUCACAAAGCCCAAGUCACCAAGUCUUAAGAGUUUUAUAAUGGUUCCCCUCCUCACUUUGUUGGUCCAGUAUUUUGCCGUGCCCUGUUUUUGUUUGAUUAUGAUGUACAGACACAAAGGCAGGAUUUUCUGUUUUCGGAAGGACUGUGCAUUCAACAGUAUAGCUAACAGGAAUACCGGUAGUUGCACCAAUGUGUAAAGAAAAGAAAAGAGAACUUCUUACCUCAUUGUUUGUAUUAUUUUCAAAUGGUGGCAGAGUGUGCCCUCUUAAUUUGUCUCUUGCCUUGAUCGGAUGUCUACACGAAAAGCCUAUGGACAUAGGAAAAUUAUUUAUCACUGAAUAAAAAGAGGAAACUG